CCAUUCUAACAAUCCUUUCUCCCAUUUCGGCGGAAAGGUUCAUCGAUUCCGUAAAAAUUGUGUUUUGGAAUCCUUCACCUCUCCGAAGUUCUUUUCCCCCAAGCGAAGGUGGGAAAGUGCGGCGCGCAGUGAGGAGGAAAAGAAGAUUCUUAGAACGCCGCAAGUUUUCCCCCAUUUAAGUCUCCAUCUAUCCAGCAAUCGAAGAGCUGCUCCGGCGCGACUGGAUUAGAGAGAGAGAGGGAGGGAGGAUGUUGGAUAGGUCGAGGGUGCAGAAGGAACUGGUGGAGUGCAACCGGGACACAGCAAUCUCCGGCGUGAGCAUCAACCUGCCCGAUGGCGCCAACCUCACCCACCUUUGUGGGACAAUCAUCGGCCCCAUAGGCACGCCCUAUGAGGGCGGAACCUUCCUUAUCGACAUCCAGUUACUCGGUGAAUAUCCUUUCGAGCCGCCAAAGAUGCAGUUUAUCACAAAAGUUUGGCAUCCAAACAUCAGCAGCCAAAAUGGGGCAAUUUGUUUAGACAUUUUGAAAGACCAAUGGAGCCCUGCCCUCACUUUGAAAACAGCAUUACUAUCACUCCAAGCUUUGCUUUCAGCUCCUGCCCCUGACGAUCCCCAGGACGCCGUGGUUGCUCAACAGUACCUUCGUGAUUACCAGAAAUUUGUUGGCACCGCUCGACACUGGACCGAAACUUUUGCGAAAAUUGCUUCUAUUGGAAUAGAUGAGAAGGUGAAUAAGUUGGUUGAGAUGGGUUUUCCUGAAGAUGUUGUUCGAGGUGUCUUGGAAGCUGUUAAGGGUGAUGAGAAUGCAGCACUGGAGAAACUGUGCUCUGGCUGACUGCUGACUAACAGGUUGGGUUUGUUUUUACAGCUUUUUUGCUUUUCAAGAGAAAAAAUUGUAGAGAUUGUUUUUUUUUUUAUACAACAAACCCUUUGCUUUUCAUCUGUUUUCUGUGAUUUCAUGUUUUGCACAUGGAUUAGGUGAAUUGAAUUAUGAGUGAUUUUGUUAA